UUAAAAAGAGGUAGGUCGGUAGGAAGAUCAAAACACCUUUAUUCUUUACACAGAAAUGGAAGAAGUGAAGCUACUAGGAACAUGGCCUAGUCCCUUUUGUUACAGGGUCAUAUGGGCUCUGAAACUGAAGGGCGUGAAGUAUGAAGAUGUGGAAGAGGACCUCAUCAACAAGAGUGAUCGUCUUUUACAGUACAACCCAGUUCAUAAGAAGGUACCGGUGCUCGUUCAUGGUGGAAAACCGAUCUUAGAGUCUACUGUUAUUCUUGAAUACAUUGAGGAGGUGUGGCCACAGAAUCCCUUGCUUUCUGAUGACCCUUAUGAGAGGGCCACGGCUCGGUUUUGGACUAAAUUUGGAGAGGACAAGAGCCCCAUUUUUAUUAAUUUUUUUCAUACAGUGGGGGAAGAGCAUGAGAGGGCAAGAGUACAGGGACAAGAAGUGCUGAAAAUAAUGGAAGAACAAGGGCUUGGAGAAAAGAAAUUUUUUGGUGGGGACAAAGUUGGACUGGCAGACUUGGCAUUUGGAUGGAUAGCUGGUUGGCUUCAAGAGAUGGAAGAAGCAGCUGGUGUGAAGCUUUUAGAAGCCAACAAGUUUCCUCGCUUGGAGGAUUGGAUCAAGAAUUUCAGAGAAGUCACUGUGAUCAAGGACAACCUUCCUGGUCAUGAAGAAUUGUUGGACUAUUUCAGGUGCCUAAGAGAGAGGCUUGCUCUAUCAUCAACGUCGUAGCUGGGCACUGGUUUGAAAUAUAUGUAUUACGAGAACGAUACAUAUUUUGAGUAUGAAGUAUGAACAAAACUUAGUGCUAAGUUAAAUAAGGCCCAUGUUUAAUCGAAACAGCACCACUACUCACUACAAAUAACUAGCCUCAAAGGCGGAACUUCCAAGGAAAUGGAGCAAUCAGACCACCGUUGCCUGCCAAGUAAUGUCCUCUUGAGCUCAAUCUUAUGCCAAACAUAGUAUUCUAAUUGUAAAUGCACUAUGUAGUUCAAAGAAAAAAAGAAACUAGCUUGCUGCAGACUUACAAUUAGAGUCUACUAUAACAAAUAAAAACUCUGCUUCAAGUUUGGCCUCUAGCUAUACACUUAAUCUGUAGGCCUUCUACUAUACAAAUGCUAGCCGGUACUUUGAAUGAAACCAACUUCAUAUUUGUGUUUAAAGAAAUGGAAUGUGCGCCUGCUGGGCAAAACUUAGAAGUCCUGCGCUUUCCGUCUCAAUUCAUUAAGCUCCAUUUCAAUUUCAGAAUCCUUGAAUGGAUAUGCCUUGUUUGAACUGGGAGUAACAGUUCUUCCGGGUGGAAGAUCUCCUUUCUGUUUGGAGUAACAAAAGAAAAAAAAUAGGUCAAUGACCCCGGUUGUUGAGAAGGAUUAACAAAAAAGUUUAAGAACCUAAAAUUGAUUGCACUUUUUCAAGAAUAUAUAUUUCUCCUGCAUGAUAAGGCAUACCUUUGAACUACCAGACAGUUCUUUCUUCAAGCUUGCAAGAUCAUCAUCAACAGAAGAGCUCUCUAGCAUCGCAAACUGCAAUUUCGGUACAGAUUUGAAAUGAUAAGAAAUCCAGUAUGAGCAGAGAAACUAUCAUAAGUAGGUUAAAUGGUAAAUCAAUGUACUACUAUCAAUUAGGCAGCUAAACAGCGUAAAUUGUAAUCAUCUUAUAUGGUCAUUUGAAAAUCAGCAGUUUUCUUUG